AUGGUUAAGUCGAAAAGACAUUCCAGAACGAAAGAAUGGCCACUUCUAGCGAAACCCUACCUCGGAAUCACAAUGCUAACCUUGUACCUGUUGUUUGUUUUUAAAUGGGGUCCGCAGUGGAUGAAAAAUAGAAAGCCCUUCAAUUUAGAGCGGACCCUUAUCAUAUAUAACGCAAUUCAAGUCAUCGUUUGUGCGUAUCUCUUCAUCGCCUCGCUACGAAUCUGGUUAUUUCAAUACAAAUGGAUAUGUGAACCGGUCGACCAUAGUAAUUCAGAAGACGCUUUGGCGAUGGCUAAAUUGGUGUACUACUACUUCCUGCUGAAGAUAAUUGAUCUUAUGGACACGAUAUUUUUCGUGCUACGGAAAAAGUUUAAUCAAGUGUCGUUCCUUCACGUCUAUCAUCACACUGGUAUGGUGGCGUUGACAUGGGGUUGUGCUACUUAUUAUCCAGGUGGCCAUGGGACUAUGGUGGGCGUGAUCAAUACAUUCGUCCACAUUGUCAUGUAUUCGUACUAUCUACUGACGGUAGCGUAUCCCAGCGUUAAGAACUCCCUGUGGUGGAAGAAGUAUAUAACGCAGCUGCAAAUCAUCCAGUUCUUCCACAACGUCGUCCACAUGGGCGUCAUCAUAUUUAUACCCAGCUGCGGUUUCCCGAGAUGGACUGCCGCUAUAUUCUUGCCUCAGAAUAUGUUCAUGCUAAUCCUAUUCCUGGACUUUUAUAUUAAGUCGUACGUCAGAAAACCAAAAGCUAAAAAGGAAGAAGACACUGGUGUGGUCGUGAACAAAACUGAAAAUAAUGAAAUUCAGCAGCUUGUAAGAGAACGUUAUGUAGAGGACGCGAUGUCUGGAGUGCGAUCGUAG